AUGAUAUCAGAACUUGGAAAGAAGAAAGAUAACCUAAAAAGACAACAAAAAUUCGACCAAUAUUCUUUCUCUCUCUCUCUCCUCCAUAUCCCUUUCCCUUCAUUUUUAAGCCCCUCUUCUCUCUCAAAUCGCAAUGGCCAUUCACCAACAUUAGCCCAAGAUAGAAUAGAACAACCAAUUCAGAUCUCUCUCUCUCUCUCUGAUUUGAAUUCAUCGGUGAAAACUAUGCAGAAAUUCAAACUUCUAGCAACACAGUGUGCAGUCAUGACUAGCCCAACUCGAAGCCCUGCAACCAGCCCUGUAAUCAACCUCCGCCGCCGGAAAACUUUGCGUAUGUUGCUUACCCGGGGCGGCAGUGGCCGGCGACUCAAGGAAUCGACGGAUCGGCCGGCAUCGGCGGAUCUUACGAAGAAAAGUAAGGAAUUGAAUGUGGGAAACAAAUUGAAGGAUUUCUUAGUCUCUUCUUCUUCUCCGAUUCACGACGAUUCGGUUUCUGAUGGGGGAAUAAUACUGUCUUCGCCGGCGCCGGCGGUAAGUGGAGGAGAUGGAACAAUCGGUGGACAUAGUGUUUGGAGAAGGUUUGGACAGAGGCCGCCGCCGUCGUCUAGACCUUUUACGGCGACUUUCCGGCAAAGAUUGAUGAGGAGACCGUUUCGGCCGGUACUUGUUGCUAUCCCGGAAAUAGAAUGAGGAAAAUUAAUGUAACGGAAAAAGAAUUUAAUUAGUCCUUUAUUUAUUUCCUUUAAAUUAUUUA